AUGAUGGUUAUGAUGUCAGGGGCAAGGUCCCAGCUUCUCCUGCUAGUUUUAUUUGUUGCAAUAUUUCAUCUUCUUGUUCAAGAGAAAUCCACCACAGCUGAAGGCUUGAUAAUGUGCAAUGAGGGUGAGAGACAAGCGCUCCUCGACUUCAAGCAAAGCCUUCAAGUUGUAGAUCAGGUGGGCAAUGGCGGCCUCUCUUCAUGGGACGGAAAGGAUUGUUGUGCUUGGACGGGUGUCUACUGCAACAUCUUUAAAGGCUACGUGGAAACUCUCGAUCUUAGUGAACGUUUCUGGCUUGUAUCAGGUACAAUUAGUCCUUCAUUGCUUAAACUGCAACAUUUGAGUGGUUUAUUUCUAAGAGAAAAUGAUUUUAAUGGCAGUCGCAUCCCUGAGUUCAUUGGUUCUCUCAAAAAUUUGGUUUACCUCGAUCUCUCUCUUGCUAAUUUUAAAGGACCAAUUCCUUCUCAGCUAGGAAACCUUUCGAAGUUGGAGACUCUUUGUCUGGGUUCUGUUUUAGAUCCAAACUACCUCUACAAUAUGAACUUUAACAACAAAUUUCCAAAAUUAUUUAGUGGAAACCUUGAGUGGCUUUCCCGUCUCACUUCUUUAAAACACCUUGAUCUCAGUUUCACUAACCUUAGUAAGGCUAGUGAUUGGUUACAAGUAGUUAACCAGCUUCCUUUCCUUGAAAAGUUGUCCAUGAACGAUUGUGAUCUUCCAAGUGCCUUUCCUUCAUCUCUUUCCCUCGUCAACUCUUCUACAUCUCUCACCAGCCUGCAUCUGUCUGGUAACUAUCUCACUUCUUCUGCAAUAUACCCAUGGUUGUUUAAUGUUAGCAGCAACCUUGUGUUCCUUGAUCUCUCAAGGAACCAGUUGAAAGGUCCAAUUCCAGAAUCUUUUGGCAACAUGGUUGAUAUGGAAUAUCUUUCUCUGAGCCACAAUCAGCUUGAAGGUGGAAUAUAUAGAUCUUUUUGGAGUAUGUGUAGUUUGAGAUAUUUAGUAAUGGAGUCCAACCAUCUCAGUGCUUUUGGAUUUGUGCAAAACACAUCUUUCGGUACAGCUGACUCGUUGGAGGAUUUGAGAUUAGCUCAGAAUCAACUCAUGAGUUCUGUGCUAAAUGAAGUGGCAAACCUAUCAUCCUUGAGAGUACUAGAUCUUGGGUACAACCUUUUAAAAGGAACCAUAAGCGAAAGCAUUGGACAACUGUCCAACCUCUGGGUUCUACGGCUUGCUGGGAAUUCUUUUGAGAAUGUUGUGAUAUCCGAAGCUCAUUUCUCAAACCUUACCAAGUUAUGGGAGUUAGACUUAUCUUACACUUCCUUGACAUUAAAAUUCAACUCUGGCUGGAUCCCUCCUUUCCAAUUGGGGGAUAUACUCCUUAGCUCUUGCAAGUUAGGGCCUCGAUUCCCAGAAUGGCUUAGGACUCAAAAUUUGGUCCGUGCCCUUGAUAUCUCUGUUGCGGAAAUUUCGGAUUCCCUUCCCCAUUGGUUUUGGGACCAAUAUUACCAAAUGGAGUACUUAAACCUCUCUUUCAACCAGAUCAAUGGUACUUUGCCAAGUAACUCUAUUGAAAUGAGUCGUCUAGAUUUAAGCUCUAAUAAUUUAUCAGGUCCAUUGCCACGGGUGCUAUCUGUUUUGCUGUCCUUAAACCUCUCCAAAAACAAGUUUUUCGGCUCAAUCUCUUCAAUUUGCAAUAUAAUAAAUAAAGAUGGUUUGAGAGUCCUUGAUCUCUCGAUUAAUCAAUUUUCUGGUGUGGUUCCUAACUGUUUUGCACAAUUUCCAAAGCUAACAGCUUUGAAUUUGGCUGACAACAAUUUGUCGGGCCCAAUUUCAAGCUCCUUGGGAUCUUUGGCUUCUCUUGAAAUGCUCAGUUUACAUGGGAAUAGAUUUGCGGGAAAAUUACCUUCAUCUCCAUGGAACUGUACAAAAUUAAAAUUUUUAGACUUAAGCGACAAUAGAUUAUCAGGAAAGCUAUCGUUGUGGAAUAGUCAGAGUUUACCACGGUUGGUUUUUCUUAACCUUCAAAACAAUCAGUUUACUGGGAAGAUACCCUUUCAACUCUGUGGACUGAAACAUAUUCAAAUCUUGGACCUCUCUGUAAAUAAAAUCUCUGGUACCAUACCAGGUUGUCUCAAUAAUUUCACUUCUAUGGCUCAAAAGGUGGAUUUAGAUCAAAGGAUUGAGCAUCUCUUUACAGUACCACGGUUUGGUUAUGUAACUAAUCAUCCUUAUGGAGCGUUCGUAGAACUCAACUAUGUUGAUGAGGCAUUGCUUGUAUGGAAAGGAAAAAAGCAAUUGUAUGCAAAAAUUCUUGGCCUGUUAUUAGUCAUUGAUCUCUCCAGUAACAAAUUAACAGGAGAGAUUCCGGAAGAAAUAAGUAGUCUUCAAGAAUUGAUUGCAUUGAAUUUAUCAAGAAACUUUUUGACUGGCCAAAUUCCUCGAAAGAUUGGGCAAUUAGGACAAUUACAAUCACUUGAUCUGUCAAGGAACAAAAUUUCAGGUAGCAUCCCACCAAGCUUGUCUGAGUUGACAUUUUUGGGUAGCUUGGACUUGUCCUAUAAUUAUUUGUCAGGGAAAAUUCCAUCAGGAACUCAACUACAAGGCUUCGAUCCUUCUAUAUUUUCCCACAAUCACGGACUCUGUGGUCCUCCAGUCACACCAAAUUGCUCAGGAUCAGUGGAAGUACCUCAAGGUCAACUGGAAAGAGGUCAAGAUGAUUUUGAUGAAUUCUUGGAAUGGUUUUAUGCUGGCAUGGGAAUUGGAUUUGUGGUCGGUUUUUGGGGAUUUUGUGGUGCUUUGUUGUUCAAGCGUUCGGGGAGGCAUUCCUAUUUCCGUUUCUUGGACGAGGUGAAGGAUUGGCUCUAUGUUACAUAUGCUCUGCAGAAAGCAAGGUUGGAGAGGAGAAUUCAGGCCUAA